GGCAACUCACCACUACCGCCACUGUGCUGCCAGAAUCAACAUUAUUAGAUAUCACGUAUUAGCAGAAAGGCUGAGAAAAGGCAAAACUCAAGCUACAUUGUUUUAUUGCCUUUGCAAUGGAGGAGCCUUCCUUUUUCGACAAAAUGAUGCUUAAUCUCCGUGCAACUUGCAGGUAUUAUACUGGAUAUCCAAAGGAUCUUGGGCCAUCAAGGGUUAUUCGUUUUACUUCAGAGCGGGAGUUUGUCCAGCUUCUUCAUCAAGGUUACCCUGUGGUUGUUGCAUUUACCAUCAAAUGUAACCUUACAAAGCAUCUUGACAAAGUUCUUGAGGAAGCAGCAGUCAACUUCUAUCCUCAUGUAAAAUUUUUGCGUGUUGAGUGCCCAAAGUAUCCUGGUUUUUGUAUAUCUCGCCAGAAGACGGAAUAUCCAUUUAUUGAGAUAUUUCAUAGUCCUGAACAAGCAAUUAAUCAUGGAAGGGUUGCUGAUCCAAAUAUUACAAAAUACUCUGUGCAAGUUUUACCUUUCAACUAUGAUGUCAGCACCUAUGGUUUCAGAGAAUUUUUCAAGCGCCAUAGCAUACAGCAUUCUGGUCCUAGGUGAAACUUUACUGAGUUCAGCUUUUUCCAAGCGCCAUGGCAUACAGCAUUCUGGUCCUAGGUGAAACUUUACUGGUUCAGCUUUAUGUAUAUACUCCAACUGCAGUAGGAUAUGGCUUCUGAACUUGGAACUCUUCUGGCGUUUAAUUUUUCUGGGGAAGAAUUUGGAGUGUACUUGAUUUGCUUAGAAUAUAUAAGUCCUGAAUUUGGCUUUCAGAUGGUUGAAGUACUUGACAAACAUCAAUCCAGUACGUAAAGCACUGCUUCUCUGUUUCCUCAAUGU